AUGACUUAUCGAGGGAAGAGAACGAGGGACGUACAUGCAGAUGACCAGCCCAGUUCAUUGUCUUCACAGUCACCAGGUGCUGCUGCUGCACACAACUCUCCUUCGACCGAAAAUGCAUCACAAUCAAACAAAAAACAAAUCCUUCAAUCACAGUCAUAUGAGGUUCCUUCUAAUGUUGAAUUUGGACCAUUUUGCCCACCAAGUGCCACCACAACAAAUCCUUCAAUCACACCAAGUGCAACAACUAGCAAACCAUUAGCUAUAUGGAAAAACCCUCCUUGUAUCACAUCAAAACCACUCAAAAUCCCUCCUGCUUCUUCUACUCAUACCCCACCACUCAAGCCUUCUACUAUCACAUCCAAACGGCUCAAAAUCCCUCCUCCUUCUUCUACUCAUACCCCACCACUCAAGCCUUCUACUAUCACAUCCAAACCGCUCAAAAUCCCUCCUCCUUCUUCUACUCAUACCCCACCACUUAAGCCUUCUACUAUCACAUCCAAACCGCUCAAAAUCCCUCAUCCUUCUUCUAGUCAUAUCCCACCACUCAACCCUUCUACUAAUACAUCCAAACCGCUCAAAAUCCCUCCUCCUUCUUCUACUCAUACCCCACCACUCAAGCCUUCUACUAUCACAUCAAAACCGCUCAAAAUCCCUCAUCCUUCUUCUGGUCAUAUCCCACCACUCAACCCUUCUACUAAUAAAUCAAAACCGCUCAAAAUCCCUCAUCCUUGUUCUGGUCAUAUCCCACCACUCAACCCUUCUACCAAUACAUCAAAAUCGCUCAAAAUCCCACAUCCUUCUUCUGGUCAUAUUCGAGCAUCUCUCAACCCAUCUACUAGUACCCCGCUCAAAAUCCCUUCUAAUUCCUUUGAUCCUAUCCCACCUAGUAGGUCGCCUUCUAGUCAUAACCCCCGUACUAUCUCACCUCUUAACCCAUCAGAAUCCCGUAAGCCAACAAAGCAAAAAGAGGGUGAAGAAUCAUUAAUGAAGUCGAGAACAUCAAAAUCUGUACGGUCAACAUCAUAUCCAGAUUGGCCUUCAAAUGUUCAAUUUGAUACGAAGGAAGAGGUUAUGACAAAGGAUGCUGAAGGUAACAUCACAUUGGUUAGUGGUCCUAUUCCGACAAUCAGUGUGUGGAGUAACAACGGCGUUAAAUACUGUGUUGAAUUCAAAUAUGUGGCUAUCUAA